AUGGUGAAGGCGUUCCCUGAAUAUUUAAAAGAAUUCUUUCUGUUUUCUCAACUGUUUGCAUUUCAAAAUGUUGAGAGAAGUGACAGUGGUGAGUUCAUCGUGAAGUCAAAGAAAGUUAUGUUAAAGCCUUUAACGGAAUUUAGUUUGCGCAAUGAGAAUGCGCAUGAAGUGUUCACAAAUGUUCAGCAAUUGAAAGGAGAAGAAACUCUGAUUAAGUUGUUGAGAGUUUCUGGAAUGUUAAUUACUUAA